GGGGAUUCCAGAAGCUCAUCCUCGACCCGAGGCAGCAGUACUCGCCGUCUCCAAUGGAGACCGAAUGUCGUGAAUGCGGAAGCGACGACAUUGUCGAGGAUUACGCUGCAGGCGACCUCGUGUGUCGAGGCUGUGGAGUUGUCUUGGCCGAGCGGUUGAUUGACGAGACAGCAGAAUGGACCAACUACGCAGAUGACGACCGAGAUCGGGGAGAUCAAAGUCGUAUUGGUGAAGCGGUGGAUGCUCGUAUGGGUGAGACCUCCCUACAAACCUUCUUGGUCAAGUCUGCUUCGUCCGGUCCGAGCGAGACUGCGGCCCCGAAAUAUCUCAAUUCUGCACAAAGUACUACGUCUCUACGACGCCACGAAGGAGUGGACCAAAUCAAGACUCUGGCGCAUGCGCUCAAUGUUGGCCAGGCUGUUGUCGAGUGCGCCAUUACAAUUUACGCCCAGGUCGACGAACAGAACUUGUUUCCGCACAAGAAAUUCAACGAGCGAAAUGGCGUGUUUGCUGCGAUUUUGUUCAUGGCGUGUCGAGACUGCAGCCACUCGCGUACGUUGAAGGAACUGGCCGUUGCGUCUGGCAUCGACAUGAAGCGUAUUGGCAAGUCCCUUGGCGUGCUGUCGCGCUCAAGCAUUGCGUCGAAGAAACAAGCCGGGACCGAGGACUUUUUAUCACGGUUUUGCUCGUCGUUGGACUUGCCGUCGAAGACUCCGAUCCUGGCGCUGCAGAUUGUCGAGAAAAUUGCCAAGAUGGGGCUUGUCGAUGGCAAGGCACCCGCGGCGGUCGCUGCGGGUGUGAUCUACAUGGUGGCUGCAUACACGAACGUGAAGCGAUCGCUGGACGAGGUCGCGGAAGCUUCGCUCGUCGGCAAGAAGGUGGUCAAGGAUGUGUGCAAGGUCCUGUUCGAGAACAAGUCGCUCUUCGACGACCUCAACCAAGUGUUGGUGUAAGUGAUGUUUUCUCCAUAUGCCCAGUGGCCCGUCCGUCGUCGAAGCGAUGGGCGGCCGGUGGUGCUCCUUGAUCUGCAUCCAGCACGGGGAAAUGAACUGCAUUGUGUUUUGUAGUGGGGCCGCGUCGUGAGUGUCGGUCGGUUGUCGUCUCACACUCCCACACACGACCUUGCAUUCAAGUCGGCGCGCUGCUCCACCUCCGCCAUCGUUUUAACCUGCUAUUUAUACACCCACACUUUCAACACGUCCCCUCACGUUGUCAAUGGAACGACCAGAUAUUUUCAGCUACUUGAACUCGC